AUGUUCUCCUUGUACUUCCCACAUUGUCCCCUAGGGGAAGGUGCAAAAUGGGCUGAACCCUUCCCACCUCUUGACUGGCUUCUCAUGCGUCAACUAGUAAGUUAUGAGAACUCGUGUAUUGUGUCAGCUAUAGGUAUAACAGCACAGGCCCUAUACUAUAGUUAUGAGAACUCGUGCAUUGUGUCAGCUAUAGGUAUAACAGCACAGGCCCUAUACUAUAGUUAUGAGAACUCGUGUAUUGUGUCAGCUAUAGGUAUAACAGCACAGGCCCUAUACUAUAGUUAUGAGAACUCGUGUAUUGUGUUAGCUAUAGGUAUAACAGCACAUGCCCUAUACUAUAGUUAUGAGAACUUGUGCAUUGUGUUAGCUAUAGGUAUAACAGCACAGGCCCUAUACUAUAGUUAUGAGAACUCGUGCAUUGUGUUAGCUAUAGGUAUAACAGCACAGGCCCUAUACUAUAGUUAUGAGAACUCGUGUAUUGUGUUCACAACAUAGGCCCUACACUAUGGCCAACUGCUUUUUUCUGGAAAAUGUGAAGUCCAAGAUGGACAAAGGGGGCGUUGUUGGGGCUGUGUUUCUGGACCUAAGGAAGGCUUUUGAUACUGUUAACCAUGAGAUUCUCAUCACAAAAUUGUCCAAGUUCAACUUUUCCCCCGAUGCCUUGAGAUGGAUGAAAUCAUACCUUGAAGGCAGAACUCAGUGUGUCAGAGUGAGCAAUGAGCUGUCGCCCACUCUUAGCUAUGAUGUGGGUGUGCCCCAAGGGUCAAUACUGGGGCCCCUCCUGUUCAGCCUGUACAUUAAUGAUCUGCCUUCUGUCUGUACUGGGUCUGAAGUUCAAAUGUAUGCAGAUGAUACAGUGAUAUAUGUGCAUGCAAAGAGCAAACAACAAGCUGCACAAGAACUCACUACUGUAAUGGUCCAGGUUACAAAGUGGCUCAGUGACUCGUGUUUGCAUCUCAAUGUGAAAAAAACUGUUCGCAAUGUUCUUCACAAAGAGGGCAACAGAUGCUACUGAGCCAGAAGUCUAUGUGUCAGGGGAGAAGCUCCAGGGGGUAUCUGAUUUUAAGUACCUUGGCAUCAUACUUGAUUCCAACCUCUCUUUUAAAAAGCAUGUGAAAAAGGUAAUUCAAAUAACCAAAUUCAACCUAGCUAAUUUCCGAUUUAUACGAAAUUGUUUGACUACAGAGGUAGCAAAACUGUACUUCAAAUCUAUGAUACUCCCCCACUUAACAUACUGUUUGGCUAGUUGGGCCCAAGCUUGCUGUACAACAGUAAGACCUAUUCAGUCUGUCUACAAACAGGCUCUCAAAGUGCUUGAUAGGAAGCCCAAUAGCUAUCAUCACUGUCACAUCCUUAGAAAGCAUGAGCUCCUGAGUUGGGAAAAUCUUGUGCAAUACACCGAUGCAUGUCUUGUAUUCAAGAUCCUAAAUGGCUUGGCUCCCCCUCCACUCAGUAUUUUUGUUAAACAGAAAACCCAAACAUAUGGCAGCAGAUCCACAAGGUCUGCCAUGAGAGGUGACUGUGUAGUUCCCCUAAGGAAAAGCACCUUUAGUAAAUCCGCUUUUUCUGUGAGAGCUUCCCAUGUCUGGAAUACACUGCCAUCAGACACACAUAACUGCACCACAUAUCACACUUUCACAAAAUGCUUGAAGACAUGGCUAAAGGUCAAUCAGAUUUGUGAACAUGGUCCCUAGCUGUGUGUUGCCGCUUUCCAUGUCUGUUGUCUGUAACUUGUGAGGUGUGGAAACACUUUGUUGCUUUUAUGAAUUUUGUCGUGCUGCUUUUUGUUCUAUGUUGCUCUGUCUGUAUGCUAUGUCUUGUUCUAUGUUGUUAUUGUCUAUAUUGUAAUUGUUUUUAAUAACCUGCCCAGGGACUGCGGUUGAAAAUUAGCCGGCUGGCUAAAACCGGCACUUUUACUGAAACGUUGAUUAAUGUGCACUGUCCCUGUAAAAAAUAAACUUAAACUUAAACUAUUUUGAAUAUGGAAUAAAAUACACCUACACCAAAAUUAGAUAUACCAUUGAAGUGAGGUCCUGUAAGAUCAAGAUCAAGGUUGUUUUCUCAGUCUUGGAGAUACAGACAUGACAACCACUCAUUUCCCAUGAGCGCCUGGGAGUUCAACCUUGAUGGGCACAAUAAAGUAUAUAAUGUAUCACAUCUUUGCUCUUUCGCUCACUCCAUCCUAUGGAGACAAAGGAUGACAGGGAAAAAAGGUUAAGGUGAGACCAUGUGUUCAAGUACAUCAAGCAAGACUCAAAUAAAACCUUAAAGGGAUAGGUCAGACAAAUGUCUAAAUCACACAUUGGUUUUCCUGAUAUCGUGAAAUUGGCUUGUAUUGGUUUUGGGCCACAAAUGUGGAAAAAAAGUUAGCAUUUGGAGACAGUGGCCAGGUAAACAAAACCAAAAGCAUGGAUUUCUGUCUUACCUUGUCCAUAGACUGCUUACAGGGUAAGGAAAGCAAUAUGUAAUUUGGGUGAACUAUGCCUUUAACCCCUUCAAUAAAUAUCAUUUGUUGAAGUGCACAGAUCCCCCCCCCCCCCCCCCCCCCCCCCCCCCCCCCUCCUUCCACAGACACAUACAAGACAGCUGGGAAUGGGACCCUUAACGUGUCAUUGAGGGACACGGUCUGGUAUGUUCAGCUCUGGACGCUAAUUACAGAGGCUCAAGGCUGAAGCUAGGCACAGGCGUGAAGUUGUUGAGGCUAAAAGGGCUUCUAGGGUUUACAGGAGACAAUUCAGGGCGCUAACCCCGCUGCACACACAGGUCUCGAAGGAGAUAACUUUCUUUCCGGCUAUGUCAACCACUACAUUACAGCCUCGUAGACAGCUUCACACUUUCACUGUCUCAAAGGAGGUAACUGUCAUUUCAGCUACGUCAACCACUAUAUAAAAGUGUGUUCCUCACCUGAUAUUGUAUUGACCACCAGAAAAAUGUAAUAAUGUAUUACAUUAUCCAGGAAACAGUUACAUAUCAGUUCAACAGUUCCAUUAAAUUAACAGGCUUUCUAUCACAUUAGCUGGUUUUAUUACAUUAUAAAAAAUAAGAUAUGACAUUAUCCAAUUUUAUUACAUUAUACAAUAAUAAGUUAUUACAUUAUCCAGUGUUAUUACAUUAUCCAUUGUCACAGGUCAAUGAAUUUAAACAAUUUGAAUGUCCAGAAUCCUCUACACUUGUAAGUUAUGCAUCAUGUCCUCAACUAUCUCCAGAGGUGGUCAGGAAGAUCUGGUCACCCUCAGUUCACAACACGUCUUUGGUUAAUACCACUAUUGUAACCAGGGUUUAAGACUGAGUUAAAUGCAUACAUUAAACAGAGGCUACUAAUAAAUCACAAGAUAAACUAUUUACCAAGGUGUCAGUGGGAUAUCGUCUUUCAAGGUGAAAAUGUUAAUGGUAUGUGUCCUGGAGGAAGCCGAGGCAUAAUGCACCUACUCAAACACAUUGUGGUCAGUUGGAAUCCAAGAACAAUUUGACAGGUUUAUGUUUGUCCUCAAGGAUGUCUUCACUAUUAUUCCACAAUGUAGAAAAUAGUUUUAAAAAAUAAAGAAAAACCCUUGAAUGAGUAGGUGUUCUAAAACUUUUGACCGGUGGUGUACAGUGAGGGAAAAAAGUAUUUGAUCCCCUGCUGAUUUUGUACGUUUGCCCACUGACAAAGAAAUGAUCAGUCUAUAAUUUUAAUGGUUGGUUUAUUUGAACAGUGAGAGACAGAAUAACAACAACAAAAUCCAGAAAAACGUAUGUCAAAAAUGUUAUAAAUUGAUUAGCAUUUUAUUGAGGGAAAUAAGUAUUUGACCCCUCUGCAAAACAAGACUUAGUACUAGGUGGCAAAACCCUUGUUGGCAACCACAGAGGUCAGACGUUUCUUGUAGUUGGCCACCAGGUUUGCACACAUCUCAGGAGGGAUUCUGUCCCACUCCUCUUUGCAGAUCUUCUCCAAGUCAUUAAGGUUUCGAGGCUGACGUUUGGCAACUCGAACCUUCAGCUCCCUCCACAGAUUUUCUAUGGGAUUAAGGUCUGGAGACUGGCUAGGCCACUCCAGGACCUUAAUGUGCUUCUUCUUGAGCCACUCCUUUGUUGCCUUGGCCGUGUGUUUUGGGUCAUUGUCAUGCUGGAAUACCCAUCCACGACCCAUUUUCAAUGCCCUGGCUGAGGGAAGGAGGUUCUCAACCAAGAUUUGACGGUACAUGGCUCCGUCCAUCGUCUCUUUGAUGCGGUGAAGUUGUCCUGUCCCCUUAGCAGAAAAACACCCCCAAAGCAUAAUGUUUCCACCUCCAUGUUUGACGGUGGGGAUGGUGUUCUUGGGGUCAUAGGCAGCAUUCCUCCUCCAAACACGGCGAGUUGAGUUGAUGCCAAAUAACUCGAUUUUGGUCUUAUCUGACCACAACACUUUCACCCAGUUCUCCUCUGAAUCAUUCAGAUGUUCAUUGGCAAACUUCAGACGGGCCUGUAUAUGUGCUUUCUUGAGCAGGGGGACCUUGCGGGCACUGCAGAAUUUCAGUCCUUCAUGGCGUAGUUUGUUACCAAUUGUUUUCUUGGUGACUAUGGUCCCAGCUGCCUUGAGAUCAUUGACAAGAUCCUCCCGUGUAGUUCUGGGCUGAUUCCUCACCGUUCUCAUGAUCAUUGCAACUCCACGAGGUGAGAUCUUGCAUGGAGCCCCAGGCCGAGAGAGAUUGACAGUUAUUUUGUGUUUCUUCCAUUUGCGAAUAAUCGCACCAACUGUUGUCACCUUCUCACCAAGCUGCUUGGCGAUGGUCUUGUAGCCCAUUCCAGCCUUGUGUAGGUCUACAAAUCUUGUCCCUGACAUCCUUGGAGAGCUCUUUGGUCUUGGCCAUGGUGGAGAGUUUGGAAUCUGAUUGAUUGAUUGCUUCUGUGGACACGUGUCUUUUAUACAGGUAACAAACUGGGAUUAGAAGCACUCCCUUUAAGAGGGUGCUCCUAAUCUCAGCUCGUUACCUGUAUAAAAGACACCUGGGAGCCAGCGUUGCAUUUCUACUCCAUUGUGGACGUCCCCAUUGAAAUGCAUGAUAUCCGGCACAAAGUAACGGAGUGCUUAUGGGUAAUGUGAACGAGGCUUAAGUUUUGGCAAUUUAAACAGCGUGUGUCAACCCUAUCGACAAGGGGAUAUGCGCUGUGAAAAGGGCGCUUUUUGUUCAUUCUAAGCAUGUCUUCCUCCUACGUAAAUGUUUUUUGUUUUACUUCCACACAAAAUGACUGCUUUACUUAUUUUAGGUUUAGGGAAGUGUGUAGGUUGUAUUCUUUAUCUUACAGCUAUGAUAAAUUAUAUAUUUAGAUCCACCAGAUCAAGAGGAAUCUGGAGAGUCCUCAGACAUGUCUGUGUCGUGAGCGAGUCGAUCUGUAGAACUGGUUUUCUAAGGACCGCCCCUUUGACGUGACGCAGCAGAGACCUGACGUAAUGGAUGUAAUGACGCAGCCGAUCACCAGAUGGAGACAUGUUUAUUCGACAGAGAAGCUUCGAACUAGCAUCCUAGAACUGUCUAGGUUUUUCUAUUCUGACUUAUAAAACAGUGGGAAAUUAAUAAAAUAGAUAAUGUAAACAUAUUAUCAAUAAUUACCAGUAAAUCUAGUGCCCAAUUUCGGGUACUGUAGUCUUGCAUACAUUAAACAGAGGAUGCUAAUAAAUCACAAGAGAAAAAUGCUGUGUUUGAAUACCCAUUCUAACAUACUGUAUACUACAUAUUUAAUGAGAUUUGAUGAGAUUAUGCUAUCAGCUCAUUUUAGUAUACUGUAAACGAACUGUAUCCUUUCAGUUAAGCAUACUAGUGCUUCACCUGCUGUUGCUAUGCAACCUCUUGCUAUCUUGUUAGCAUAACAAAUGACUAGCUAGACAUUUUACGAUUUUGGGUGUGUUAGUAAAUUCAAUCUGAAGUGCCAGAGUGCGCUCAGAGUGCGCUCUGGGCGUUCGUAAAUCCAGAGCGUUGUCAGAUUGUCCGUAAAUUCAGAGCGUUUCGCUCUCGGAGCACGUCACUGGACGCUCUGGCCGAGGAGUAGGGUCGAUCCGAGCAUUCUGACCUCACAAGGCAGUGAAGCACCCAAGCUAACUGGCUAGCAUUGGUUAGCUUGAUAACUAUUUCCAGACACAAAUGAGAGAACACCAUUUUACUCGCCCUAGCAGAGCUGAUUAGGCUGUUUUCAUGUUAUCCAGAGCGUUGGUGACUGUAACUGUGCUGCUGGCAACAAUUUAAUUACGCUUUUUUUUGUCAACGUUUACUGACACCAGCCAUAUAUUUAAAGGGUGUUGAGCGUAAUUCGAUGUAUUAGUAGCCAACUAACGUUAGGCAACUAGCUAAUAUACCGGUACAUACUGCUGUAAUGCUGUGCGGUUCAUAAGGAUAGGGAAGCUAACAAAUUGUUAGCCAACAUAACUUGCAACGUAACUUAUUUGAAAAGUCUGCUUUAUUACAUUGCUCAACAUUUUCUUAACAUUUGUCAUAAUUAGUUAAAGCGAUUAAUUUGUAUCCGUUCUCGUCGGACUUCGGCUGCAUAUUUUCCGCCAUUUUCUUCAAAUCUGAAAAUGUUGUGAAGCCACGCCCAUUUUAUGAAGAAUUGCAUUAUGGGUCCUAAAAGCACAGAAAUAGUGUCCACUGCUUGUAUAGUUCGUAUUUUGGCGAAUUUAGUACGACAUCCGGGAACUUUUGGCAUACUAACUAUAGCCAUACCAUGACCAAUAAGCAUACUACAUACUCAAUUUACUUCACAAAUAGGAUGGUUAAUGUGGUUAGCAUGAGUAUUCGAACACAGCUCAAGGUUUCAAUGGGUAUUUGAAGGUGACAUUUUUAGUGGUACAGAAGUGGCGGUGUAAUGCAGUUCGAUACAUUUGACUUAUUUACAGUGGGGAAAAAAAGUAUUUAGUCAGCCACCAAUUGUGCAAGUUCUCCCACUUAAAAAGAUGAGAGAGGCCUGUAAUUUUCAUCAUAGGUACACGUCAACUAUGACAGACAAAUUGAGAAAAAGAAAUCCAGAAAAUCACAUUGUAGGAUUUUUAAUGAAUUUAUUUUGCAAAUUAUGGUGGAAAAUAAGUAUUUGGUCACCUACAAACAAGCAAGAUUUCUGGCUCUCACAGACCUGUAACUUCUUCUUUAAGAGGCUCCUCUGUCCUCCACUCGUUACCUGUAUUAAUGGCACCUGUUUGAACUUGUUAUCAAUAUAAAAGACAUGUCCACAACCUCAAACAGUCACACUCCAAACUCCACUAUGGCCAAGACCAAAGAGCUGUCAAGGACACCAGAAACAAAAUUGUAGACCUGCACCAGGCUGGGAAGACUGAAUCUGCAAUAGGUACGCAGCUUGGUUUGAAGAAAUCAACUGUGGGAGCAAUUAUUAGGAAAUGGAAGACAUACAAGACCACUGAUAAUCUCCCUUGAUCUGGGGCUCCACACAGAUCUCACCCCGUGGGGUCAAAAUGAUCACAAGAACGGUGAGCAAAAAUCCCAGAACCACACGGGGGGACCUAGUGAAUGACCUGCAGAGAGCUGGGACCAAAGUAACAAAGCCUACCAUCAGUAACACACUACGCCGCCAGGGACUCAAAUCCUGCAGUGCCAGACGUGUCCCCCUGCUUAAGCCAGUACAUGUCCAGGCCCGUCUGAAGUUUGCUAGAGUGCAUUUGGAUGAUCCAGAAGAGGAUUGGGAGAAUGUCAUAUGGUCAGAUGAAACCAAAAUAGAACUUUUUGGUAAAAAUUCAACUCGUCGUGUUUGGAGGACAAAGAAUGCUGAGUUGCAUCCAAAGAACACCAUACCUACUGUGAAGCAUGGGGGUGGAAACAUCAUGCUUUGGGGCUGUUUUUCUGCAAAGGGACCAGGACGACUGAUCCGUGUAAAGGAAAGAAUGAAUGGGGCCAUGUAUCGUGAGAUUUUGAGUGAAAACCUCCUUCCAUCAGCAAGGGCAUUGAAGAUGAAACGUGGCUGGGUCUUUCAGCAUGACAAUGAUCCCAAACACACCGCCCGGGCAACGAAGGAGUGGCUUCGUAAGAAGCAUUUCAAGGUCCUGGAGUGGCCUAGCCAGUCUCCAGAUCUCAACCCCAUAGAAAAUCUUUGGAGGGAGUUGAAAGUCCGUGUUGCCCAGCGACAGCACCAAAACAUCACUGCUCUAGAGGAGAUCUGCAUGGAGGAAUGGGCCAAAAUACCAGCAACAGUGUGUGAAAACCUUGUGAAGACUUACAGAAAACGUUUGACCUGUGUCAUUGCCAACAAAGGGUAUAUAACAAAGUAUUGAGAAACUUUUGUUAUUGACCAAAUAUUUAUUUUCCACCAUAAUUUGCAAAUAAAUUCAUAAAAAAUCCUACAAUGUGAUUGUCUGGAUUUUUUUUUCUCUCAUUUUGUCUGUCAUAGUUGACGUGUACCUAUGAUGAAAAUUACAGGCCUCUCUCAUCUUUUUAAGUGGGAGAACUUGCACAAUUGGUGGCUGACUAAAUACUUUUUUUCCCCACUGUAUGUGUAAAACAAACAAUACAUUUUAUAUUUCGAACAUAGCCAUGAUGCCCUGGGUGAAAGGUUUGUUGACAUCUCAUGAGGUAAAUGAAGCCACCCCCCCCCCCCCCCCCCCCCCCAUCCCUUCUUAAAAAGCCUAACAUGAGUUGCUUGAGUAAGGUGACAAAUGUUCUUUCAUGUAUGGCCUGGAUGUAUUUAUGUGAGACCUUUGCAGAUAGGCCGCAGCUAUUGCAAUAUCAGAUGGCCCAGACAAUCAAGCACGUUGAAGUGCCUCAGUUGGAAUCCAAGAACAAUUUCACAGGUUUAUCUUUGUCCUCAAGGGUAAAGGAAAGGAACAAUGACGCGUAAAACAAGAUGGGGGUUAUACUUACCUUAGCUGUUACUCUGUGACAAUGGAAAGGACGGUGACCUUGUCUUGGUGAACAAAAAAAAAAAAAAAAGGACAGCUGCAGUUGUCUUGCAAUCAUUUGAGAUGUCCUAUUGUCAACAUGGAGCCAUUUUAUAGUGACAGUCCAAAUUAGGAGGGUCAUUCUUGAACUGCGGUGGUAAUGCUGUGCCUGAACUUUGGCACAAUGUAAAAAAAAAACACUUUAAAAUGUAAAUAGAAGGAUAAUUUUAUUGAACUGUUAUUUAAUAAGAAAACACAAAACAUUUUUUUGAAUGCAUUGUAGAACAUAUUGUGGGCUACAAAAUUGUCUUGUCCCAAUGGUGAUGUGAAGAGGUGUAGUGGCAUGUUUUGAGUAGAUGUUUCUUUUGAAUGCCAUUCAUUAAACAAAAGCAUUAUAUUCACUGGAAUAGAUAGAUUGUAUUUGAUUAUUCUUACAAAAUAGUGUCAAGUCAUUGGUGUUAUAUUGUGUCAGUGGUGUUACAGGUUAAUCUGUGUUUAGGCAUAGGAGGGGCCACAUUCUGUCCCAAAAAAUGUUUUGGGUGGGGGACCAAUCUAAUUGUAACGUUAUUCAAAAGUAAACAUUUAAAGGAUAUAAAUAUUACAUUUUGAUGACUCACCUUCAGUUAUUGUUAACAAGAAAAACAGGAUGGAACAAAUAGACAAAUGUUGCACAACAACUUUACACCUGAUUUCAGUUCAAAUAAAUAAUAAUCAAAACCACAUUAUGGAGAAAAAGCCAGAAUUGUCAUUUAAGGUGGGAAUACGAAAAAAGGCAGCACAAAAAUUAUUUGAAUGAAUUUAUUAAAAUUAUUAAAAAUUCAUAAAGCUAUAAUUUAUGUCGAUUUAAUAAUGUUGAGAAAUUCACUAAUAUUGUACAAUGAGUUCUGGUAAAGAAAGAGUUGACAUUUGCAAGUCGAAAUGCCACCACAAUUCAAGAACCACCCAUGAGUUCCAACAAAGGGUUACCCACCCUGGGGGUUUUUUGUCCCCCCUCCUCUGCCCUCAUUGAUAGCCUGCCUUAUACACACCUCUACUUCCAAAUACAGAUCUUUUAAAAUAAUCAGACACAUUUUUUGCAUGGGGCCAUCUCCAUUUAGGGCUGAACAACACCCUUUAUAAAGAGGGAUGCAGGUCUGGAGCGAGACAGACCAGGGAGACACAAGACACCGUACUGUUAUCCUAAAGGUAAGCACACAGAGGCAGUCUGCUGAGGAACAUCAUCGUUGUAGACACUAACUAAUCAGCCCAAUGUACAGCUGGUCAGGUGAUUGAUGUCGGGUCUUUUGUAUUUGUCUAUUUCAUUCUCAGUAGAGAUCCUCUCCACCAAACUCUUUCUACGGGUGACCGCUGACCAACAACAGGUAAGGAUCGUAAACUUCUACACUAAAGAGUGUAGACACUCUCUUCACUAAGAUACAGGCCUACAUAUAUAUGUGAAGUCAUGGGAGGCAUUUGCUUAUUUGUUGAAGUUUUUGCUGUUGAGGUGAACAAGUGUCUGUGGUUGUUUAGAGCAUUUUGCCUUAACUGAAUCUGAAAUUUAAUUGAAUUCGGGCCAUCAAAUGUCUGACCGGAAAUUACGGUGAUUUAAUUUGUAAUUCAUUUCACAAGAGCAUGUGUUGAGGAUUGAAGAUAGCAGUCUCUCUAGCUUGGGUUCAACUUGUUAUUCAGCCAAGGACACCAAUUGAGAAUCCGAGCCAAAGGUAACACUUUACUGAAGCCGUACAAGCAUUAUUAUGACGUGAUCAUAAUGCAUUAUAAGACGUGUCAUAAGUGACUAUGAACUGCUUAUAAUAUGUGGUGUUGUAGCGAACGGUGGGGCACGGAAGCAAAUACUCGGGGCCGCUGGCGUGCGAGUCAAACACCCCUACGCAUCACGUCAAUAGGGUUAAGUCACUUGGUGGGAAUUGCACCGUGACUCAUAUUAGCGUGGAUCGCUACUGUGUCAUCUUACAAUAAACCGGAGUUGUUAUCAGUCAUUUGAAACCUAUCAAAACUUGCCACAUAGAAAGACGUAAUGUUAUAAGUUGAUUUAUGAAACAUUGUAAUGGCUCAUACAUAUAACAGUUCACCCUAAAGCAUUACCACAAAAUAAACCAUGUCAGCAUCUGUGAAAAGACAGCUCAUGCAAAUCUGAAAUUGAGCAAAUUGAAUUAGCUUAUACAGUAUUAACUAGUACCUAAUAAUUCUAAGACUAAAGGUCCAUUAAGUAAAAAACUAAACUACACAUUCAGUGUGAAACAAAACAAAAGGAAACUGCUUAUCAAUUCAGACUGCACAGGAUACAUACUAUUUUUAAAAGUAUCCUAAGAAACUACAGAAAAUGUUCAGGUUUACUAGCUAAUGCUAAUGUCAGAAUGUGAUAUUUUGAAUGAACCUGAAGAGAGAGAGCGAGAGAGAGAGAGGAGAGAGAGAGUAGAGCUAGAGAUCGAGAGCGAUAAGAUAGAGAGAGCGAGCGAGAAAAGCUGAAAGAGAGAGCGAGAGAUCCUCUCUGAGCUCGAGAGAUGCUCUCUAGUAGCGAUCUCUGUCUCUUGCUCUCGGUUUCUCAUUUCUCCUGAGCUGAUUCUCUCUCGAGAGAGGUAUCGAGCGAGAUAUAUCGAUCUUCGGCUCCGUCUCAGUAUCUAUCUCUCUAUCUCUUCGCUCUAUCUCUCUCUUUCCUCUUUCUCUCUCUCUCUCUCUCUUCUUCCUCUCUCUCUCUCUCUCUCUUCUCUCUCUCUCUUCUCUCUCUGUACAGAUUUCAGGAUGGGGGACAUGUUGAUGGAGGAGUUUGGGGCGGCAGCUUCCUUUCUGCGUAAACCAGACAAGGAGAGGAUGGAAUGCCAGACUAGACCCUUUGACAUAAAGAGGGAGUGCUAUGUGCCUGACCCUGAGGUUGAGUACGUCAAGGGCACAAUCACCACCAGAGACGGGGACAAAAUCACAGUCGAUACGGAGUAUGGGAAGGUAAAUAUUUUCAUAAAAGGUUUUAAACAUGGAUAGACAAUGGAAACAAUAUAUGUACAACUAUAUACAAUGACAUAUGUUGUUUUCCCUUUACUGAUAUUAAAAAGAAUACUUCUGUACUUUGAAAAUGAAACAAAACGUACAUUGUGGAAACUUAAUUUACUCUUCUUUCAGACUGUUGUCGUGAAGGAGAUUGACUGCCACCCCCAGAACCCGCCAAAGUUUGAUAAAAUUGAGGACAUGGCGAUGUUCACCUUCCUGCACGAGCCCGCUGUGCUGUUUAACCUCAGAGAGCGUUACGCAGCCUGGAUGAUCUACGUAAGCAAUGACCUGAUAUCUUCACAAUACAGCAUCAAAAACAUUGAUUCAAAUAAACGAAACUUUAAAUCUGCACCUUUCUCGUCUUCCACAGACAUACUCAGGGCUGUUCUGUGUCACUGUCAACCCCUACAAGUGGCUGCCAGUAUACGAUCAGUCUGUUGUCAACGCGUACAGAGGCAAGAAGAGGACAGAAGCUCCUCCUCACGUAUUCUCCGUCUCUGACAAUGCCUACCAGUACAUGUUGUCAGGUAAAAUGCUACUGUUCUGAACAGUACAUUCUAAACAUCAAACUAUAAUUGGAAAAUGACAUAUGUUAUUUACCUGAUACUUCCUUUUCUUUCAACAGACAAGGAAAAUCAGUCUGUCUUCAUCACGUAAAUGACAUAUGCUAUUUACUGAUGUUCCUUUUUCUUUCAACAGACAGGGAAAACCAGUCUGUCCUCAUCACGUAAGUACAUUAAAACCAACGUUUAAAAUCAAUUUGAGACUAUUUACAAUUAGGAGAAAUGUGUAUUUUUUCCAUUCCCAGUGGAGAAUCGGGUGCUGGAAAGACUGUGAACACCAAGAGAGUCAUCCAGUACUUCGCCAGCAUUGCUGCUGUUGCCGGAAAGAAAAGUGCAGCAGAAGAGAAAAAGGUGAAGAGAACGUUCGUCCCAAAUGAAACCCACUUCCUGGCUGUAGCGGCUCAAUCAUGUUUUAAUUCACACAGUAUUGAUUUUCAUUACGGAGAUGUAACACUGUGUGGAUGUUGGUUUGUAGGGGACCCUGGAGGAUCAAAUCAUCCAGGCCAAUCCUGCCCUGGAGGCUUUUGGUAACGCCAAGACCAUCAGGAAUGACAACUCCUCCCGAUUUGUACGUUUUUUCCCCUCCUGUUUGAGAACACAUCAUAUCAUUCAAAUCGUAUCGCCCUAUUACCUUGUGUAUGUGUGCACAUUAAUUAAAUGUCUUGGCAAAAUCUUAUAGGGUAAAUUCAUCCGAAUUCAUUUUGGUGUCACUGGGAAGCUUUCGUCUGCUGACAUUGAGACUUGUAAGUAAAAAAAAUGAUAUAUAUAUUUACAUUUGAUUCGGUUUGAACAAAUGAAGAGUUUAUUUCUAAAAUGCUAUAUCCACCAAUUUUUAACAUUUGAUUUUUUACAUCAGAAAUGAUUGCUUAUUUGACCUUCAUGUGUGUGUGUAAAACGACUGUUGUUUAGAUGUGUAAUUCAUAGAUUUUAGAUGUGUAUGAAAAUCUGUUCUUUUUGCUAAACGCUAUAUAUCCAUAGUUUAACUGGAAUGGAAUGAUUGUAUCCUGUGUAUUUAACUGUGAUAUGUGGUUGCCUCACGUAGCUAUCUUGAGAUGAAUGCACUUACUGUAAGUCACUCUGGACAAGAGCAUCUGCUAAAUGACUAAAAUGUCAUUUGUAAAUGAUUUACAUACAGAUCUCAUAUUACUGUAUUGAAUUAUAAUUUUUUAAUGAUUUAUUUAAUUAAAAUGUAGUUAUUUGUUACAUUUGACUGUGUAAAACCUAGCAGUACUACUUAUUUCUCUGAGAGUGAGGCAGAUAUAUAGAAUUAUGCAAAAAAAACAUGAUUAUUUUUCUCUUUGAAAUGAAACCAUCAAGUGAUAGAUUUUAAACAAAUACAUGUCUGUCAUUAAACAACCCCAUGCCAUGAUUACAUAGUGAAAAAAACACACCAAUCUCUUUCAUCUAAUUUAUUUUAAACAAUAAAAGCUAGUUUACCAACAUUUCUGAAAAAUAGAUAUAUGGCGUUUUUCGAUAUAACAUUUCAAAACUCUUUGACGCAGAUUAAUAAAAUACACGUGUACUUUUUAAUGCUCAUCAGAUCUUCUGGAGAAGUCACGUGUGACUUUCCAGCUCAAGGCUGAGAGAGACUAUCACAUCUUCUACCAGAUCCUGUCCCAAAAGAAACCAGAACUUCUAGGUGAGUAUUAGAACAUUAUUAUAUUUAUAUUUAUAUUAUUAACAUUCAACUAGGUACCGUGGUUCUCUGUAGCUCAGCUGGUAGAGCAUCGGCGCUUGUAACCCCAGGGUAGUGGGUUCGAAUCCCCGGGGACCACCCAUACGUACAAAUGUAUGCACGCAUGACUGUAAGUCGCUUUGGAUAAAAGCGUCUGCUAAAUUGGCAUGUUAUUAUUAUUUUACUGAACACUAUAUCAGUGUCUCUCAACCUCUGGUCUGUGGACCAGCACCAGUCCUUGGGAUGUUACCGAUCGUUCUGUCAGUUAACUAGCUGGCACAGUUAAAAAAACAGGUUGAGAAACACUGCAAUAGUAAACAGUACCACAGACAUACUGCACAUUCAAACCGAGCUGUUCGAAAUCUUUUCAGAGAUGCUACUCAUCACCAGCAAUCCCUAUGACUACGCCUUCAUCUCCCAAGGGGAGAUUAAAGUAACUUCCAUUGAUGAUUCUGACGAGCUGAUGGCGACUGACGUAAGUUCAAAGUUCACGGCAGUUUACACUUGUUCAUCUGUCCAACUUUCUCUCCAAAAAAAAAAAUGUUAUUUUAUUCUGAUCUAGGAUGCCUUUAAUGUGCUGGGCUUCUCCCAAGAAGAGAUCAAUGGUAUUUACAAGCUGACUGGUGCCAUCAUGCAUUACGGCAACAUGAAGUUCAAGAACAAGCAGCGGGAGGAGCAAGCUGAAUCUGACGGCACCGAGGGUGAGCGCUGAGGAUUUAAAACCUCUCACUUCAAUGUACGAUUAUAUGUGUUAAAAUCAGACGGUCGAAGUGCCUCCUCCAACCGUAAAACGUUGCAUUUUGCAGAUGUUGACAAAGUUGCGUAUCUGAUGUGCCUGAACUCUGCUGACCUGGUCAAAGGGCUGUGUCACCCAAGGGUCAAAGUAGGAAAUGAGUGGGUCACCAAAGGUCAGAGUGUCGACCAGGUGAGUCUCAAAAGAGUUUUACAUUUCCAAGAGCUAAUAAUUUUUUUAUCAUAAAACUUCUGUGUAGAGUGUCUAAUAUUUUAAUGCCCUGUUAAGCAUGCUGUUCAGUCCAGGACUAGGCAUUUACAUUUAAGUCAUUUAGCAGACGCUCUUAUCCAGAGCAAUUAGGGUUAAGUGCCUUGCUCAAGGGCACAUCGACAGAUUUUUUCAUCUAGUCGGCUCGGGGAUUAGAACCAGUGACCUUUCGGUUACUGGCACAACACUCUUAACCACUAAAGCUACCUGCCGCCCAAGGCCUAGUCUGUCUGGGAAACCUGUGCGUUCAUCUUGAGCCUGUGUCUCAGUCAUUUCCUUCGUCAAUAUUCUGCAGGUGUACUACUCAAUUGGUGCGCUGGCAAAGAAAAUUUACGAGAACAUGUUCCUCUGGAUGGUGAUAAGAAUCAACCUUACUCUGGACACUAAGAACGCUCGCCAGCACUACAUUGGUGUGCUGGACAUUGCUGGCUUUGAGAUCUUUGAUGUGAGUGUUUGAUGUACAUUUUUAUGAAGAAAUAAAAAAGGCCACGUCAAUAAAAACGAUUAAUCUAAAAUAUUACGGCUGACAAAAUAAACUGGCCAACUUCUAUUCCAGUUCAACACCUUUGAGCAGCUGUGCAUCAACUUCACUAAUGAGAAGCUGCAGCAGUUCUUCAACCACCACAUGUUCGUGCUGGAGCAGGAGGAGUAUAAGAAGGAGGGUAUCGUCUGGGAGUUCAUUGACUUCGGCAUGGACUUGGCUGCCUGCAUUGACCUCAUUGAAAGGGUUGGUGUCUUCAGUUUUGCAGUUGGUUUUAUUUGACGUGUCCUUGGUCAUCUUAGUGAUUUCAAACUUUUGAAUGAAAGUACUUUUAAAAUUAGCAUUACAAAGGCAACCUUGAGCCAAGACAAAUUAUUCUGAUAUUUAUUCACUAUGCUUUUCCCUUGGCAUUAAUUUAUUUUCAUUCAUUCCUUCCCCUAGCCCAUGGGUAUCAUGUCCAUCCUUGAAGAGGAGUGCAUGUUCCCCAAGGCCAGUGAUUCUACAUUCAAAUCUAAGCUGUACGACACCCAUCUGGGCAAAAAUGCAUGCUUCCAAAAGCCCAAGAUCAUUAAAGGUAGACCAGAGGCCCAUUUCUCCCUGGUUCACUAUGCUGGCACUGUAGACUACAACAUUGGCAACUGGCUGGUGAAGAACAAGGACCCGCUGAAUGAGACUGUGGUCGGACUGUUCCAGAAGUCAAGUCUUAAGUUCCUGGCCAAUCUCUUUGUGAGCUACGCUGGUGCAGAAGGAGGUACGAUGUGUUUCUGUCUGCAAAGACCGCAAACCACUCAAGUAAAUAACAAUUGACAUAAUAGUAGUGAUACUAGUGUAUUUGAAUUGUUAUUUCAUUAUGAUACAGGUGAUGACAAAGCGGCUGGUGGAAAGAAGAAGAAAGGCUCUUCCUUCCAGACUGUGUCUGCAUUACACAGGGUAGAGUAAUAUAUUACAUUCUCCAUUACACAGGGUAGAGUAAUAUAUUACAUUCUGCAUUACACAGGGUAGAGUAAUAUAUUACAUUCUGCAUUACGCAGGGUAGAGUAAUAUAUUACAUUCUCCAUUACACAGGGUAGAGUAAUAUAUUACAUUCUGCAUUACACAGGGUAGAGUAAUAUAUUACAUUAUGCAUUACACAGGGUGGAUUAAUAUAUUACAUUCUCCAUUACACAGGGUAGAGUAAUAUAUUACAUUCUGCAUUACACAGGGUUGAUUCAUAUAUUACAUUCUGCAUUACACAGGGUAGAUUAAUAUAUUACAUUCUGCAUUACACAGGGUAGAUUAAUAUAUUACAUUCUGCAUUACACAGGGUAAAUAUGAGUUAAUAUAUUUCUGAGGUUUUUACAUUCUGCAUUGCACAGGGUAGAUCUGAGUUUAAAUGAAUAUAUUUCUGAAGGUUUUACAUUCUGCAUUGCACAGGGUAGAUCUGAGUUUAAAUUAAUAUAUUUCUGAAGGUUUUACAUUCUGCAUUGCACAGGGUAGAUCUGAGUUUAAAUAAUAUAUUUCUGAGGUUUUUACAUGGCAGAAUAUUAAAUACUACAUUUGAGAUGCCAGCAUGUUGUGGAUUUGGCAGUGUUAGCAUGAAAUGCCGUUGUGACUCUUGAGUUGCUUGGAGACUCAUUCACUGGUGGAAAAUUCUACAUUUGUCAUACUCACAGGAGAACUUGGGUAAACUCAUGACCAACUUGAGGUCUACACACCCCCACUUCGUGCGUUGCCUCAUCCCCAACGAGACCAAGACUCCUGGGGCCAUGGAGAAUCCUCUGGUCAUGCACCAGCUGCGCUGUAACGGAGUGCUGGAAGGCAUCAGGAUCUGCAGGAAGGGCUUCCCCAACAGGAUCCUGUAUGCCGACUUCAAACAAAGGUAUAAAAAAACAAGGUUGCGCGUUUUCUUUUUAAAAAUAAAAUGCAACUGGGUCAUUCCACGAAAUCAGGGCCUUUUGCAUCCCUUUUGAUAUUUCACGUAGAAAUUGUGCACAAAAAUUACAUUUUAAAAGCCUGUUAUAUUAAAGGAAGUGCCCUUUAAUGUAGACUACACGGAAAAUUCUUAAAAAUCCGAUUUUUAAUAUGAGUAAAGACUUGCUAAUGUGCAACAAAUUCAGCAUUUUGACACGUCCCUCUGUUCAUCCUCUGUGACUUCUAGGAGGAUUUUAACCCACUUAACCCCAACAUUUAUCCAAGUUUUCACCAUUGUAAAGCCCUAGUUAUUUUGUUGCUUUGACAAAUUCAUAUCUGAAGAUUAUUAUUUAUUUAAUGGCAUUAGUGAUUCAUUUAAAGAUAAAAACAAACUAACAUGUCCCUCAUUUUAAUGUCAACCCUGUUACGUUAACUGAACUCUCGUUUUAAUAUGGUGAAACUGUUUUACCAAAAGCUACACUACUCAAAAGGUGGAAUGACCCAACUGCUUGCCCAACCACGUGUGCCAUCAUUGAAGAUCAUUAUUUUUCUGAUUUUAAUUCAGAUACCGCAUCCUCAAUCCAAAUGCUAUCCCUGAGGGUCAGUUCAUCGACAACGUGAAGGCGGCAGAAAAACUGCUGGGCUCUCUGGACAUUGACCACACCCAGUACAGAUUAGGACACACUAAGGUAAGUUCUCGAAAUAGAUGGAAGGCAAUAUGUCCUGUUGGAUCAGGAGGGAAAAUAGGAGCAACUAAAGGGGUCCAAGCAGCAUCAAUAUAACCAUCACGAGGCCAAACUAAACAUAGAGAAAUAUCUCUUAUCUUAUUACCCAUAGAAAUCUACAGUCGUGGUCAAAAGUUUUGAGACACAAGUAUUGGUCUUCACAACGUUCGCUGCUUCAGUGUCAGGAGAUAUUUUUUUUAUUUUUUGUUGUCAGAUGUUACUAUGGUAUACUGAAGUAUAAUUACAAGCAUUCCAUACGUGUCAAAGGCUUUUGUUGACAAUUACAUGAAGUUUAUGCAAAGAGUCAAUAUUUGCAGUGUUGACCCGUAGAGAUGUACCAGAGAAAGAUCUCUUAUCUUUGCAAUGGCCGCUUCUGUGACAGCACGGACAGCGCUAUUGAGGGCUAUCUCUAUUGGAAACCAUUUCUAUUUCUUAUAUUUCCGUGAGUGUAUUGGCGGUUCAUAAAUCAACUGAAAAGGGUGCAUGCCACCACCUAUUGCGCUAAGAGUGUGUAUAAUCUCAAGAGGUUUUAAAAUCAAAGGUUGGUGAUUUACUGCCUCCUGCUGUUAUUGAAUGCUCAGGAGUAUCAUUCAUUGGCUGACCCCUCCCGAUGACCUGGAUGGAAUUCUGUGAUCCUUCCUAUUUAGAAUCACACCUAGUUGACUACUUCAAAAUGGUGAAAGCCCUCAAUGGCAAUGCCCCAUGCAAACAAGUGCACCCUCCAUCAAACUUUAUGGCAACACCCCAUGCAAACAAGUGCACCCUCUAUCAAACUUUAUGGCAACACCCCAUGCAAACAAGUGCACCCUCUAUCAAACUUUAUGGCAAUACCUCUUGAAAGAACUUCUGACAGAUAGAAACGUGUUGUCUUAGCGACAUCUAGAUCUGGCUACUUAAAAACAAUUGCACGUUUUUAAAUUAAAUUACAGGCCACACCCACAUGCAAGUUCAUUCUGCUGUUAGAGAUAGACUGUCCCUACAUGUUUUAAAGACCUUGGUCAUUAGAUGUCAUAUGAUAAUUGAUCAAACUUCGUAGAAGUAGCAUUUGGGUGUUGUUAGUGAGAUUCAAAGCUGGGGGCAGAAUUUUGCGACUCAACUGAUCAUUACAGGGCCACCUUGUGGUCAGUUUGUCCCAUGUUCAUAUGGAGGUAAUAAUUCCAUAAUCUAAACACCACGUGCAAGUUUGUAAAUCUGAGAGAUAACACAAGUUAUUUACAGUCAAAGGGCAGAAAAAAAAUGUAUUUAUAUACAUAUUUAGCUAUAUUAUAUCUAUGUAUGUUUAUGUUUUACUGAGUUACAGUUCAUAUGAGGAAAUCAGUCACUUGAAAUAAAUUCAUUAGGCCCUAAUCUAUGGAUUUCACAUGACUGGGAAUACAGAUAUGCAUCUGAUGGUCACAGAUAGCUUAAAUAAAAAAAAAGGUAGGUGUGGAUCAGAAAACCAGUCAGUAUCUGGUGUGACCAUUUGCCUCAUGCAGCAUUACAUCUCCUUCGCAUAGAGUUGAUCAGGCUGUUGAUUGUGGCCUUUGGAAUGUUGUCCCACUCCUCUUCAAUGGCUGUGCGAAGUUGCUGGAUAUUGGCGGGAACUUGAACACGCUGUCGUACACGUCGAUCCAGAGCAUCCCAAACAUGCUCAACGGGUGACAUGUCUGGUGAGUAUGCAGGCCAUGGAAGAACUGGGACAUUUUCAGCUUGCAGGAAUUGUGUACAGAUCCUUGCGACAUGGGGCCGUGCAUUAUCAUGCUGACACAUGAGGUGAUGGUGGUGGAUGAAUGGCAUGACAAUGGGCCUCAGGAUCUCGUCAUAACCCCACCGCAACCAUCAGCAAACCGCUCGCCCACACGAUGUCAUACAUGCUGUCUGCCAUCUGCCCCGGUACAGUUGAAACCGGGAUUCAUCCUUGAAGAGCACACUUCUCCAGCAUGCCAGUGGCCAUCGAAGGUGAGCAUUUGCCCACUGAAGUCGUUUACGGCGCCGAACUGCAGUCAGAUAAAGACCCUGGUGAGGACGACGAACACCAGAUGAGCUUCCCUGAGACGGUUUCUGACAGUUUGUGCAGAAAUUCUUUGGUUGUGCAAACCCACAGUUUCAUCAGCUGUCGGGUGGCUGUUCUCAGAUGAUGCCGCAGGAGAAGAAGCCGGAUGUGGAGGUCCUGGGCUGGCGUGGUUACACGUGGUCUGCGGUUGUGAGGCCGGAUGGACGUACUGCCAAAUUCUCUAAAACGAUGUUGGAGGCGGCUUAUGGUAGAGAAAUGAACAUUCAAUUCUCUGUGCAACAGCUCGGGUGGACAUUCUUGCAGUCAGCAUGCCAAUUGCACGCUCCCUCAAAACUUGCUUCUUGAUAUGCCACACCUGUCAGGUGGAUGGAUUAUCUUGGCAAAGGAGAAAUGCUCACUAACAGGGAUGUAAACAAAUUUGAGAGAAAUAAGCUUUUUGUGCGUAUGGAAAACUUCUGGGAUCUUGUAUUACUGUAAAUAUAUAUAUACAUAUAUAUAUAUAUGUAUAUAUAUAUGUCUAUCAUUAUUAGGUGUUCUUCAAGGCUGGUCUCCUGGGUACCCUUGAGGAGAUGAGAGAUGACCGUCUCGCGCUCAUCAUCACUGGCAUGCAGGCCCGAGCACGUGGUCUACUUGCCAGAAUUGAGUUCCAGAAAAUUGUUGACCGCAGGUUGGAAAAUCAAUAGAUAGAACUUCUGCAGACAAUAUGGUGGAGGUGGAAAAGGUUGCAUAACAAAGCUAAAUUGAUUACAUUUUCACAGGGAUGCCUUGCUUGUGAUCCAAUGGAACAUUCGUGCCUUCAUGGGUGUCAAGAAUUGGCCCUGGAUGAAGAUGUUCUUCAAGAUCAAACCUCUGCUGGUUUCAGCAGAGACUGAGAAAGAGAUGGCCAACAUGAAGGAAGAAUUCCUGAAGCUUAAAGAACUUUUUGCUAAAACGGAUGCCCGUAGGAAAGAGUUGGAAGAGAAGAUGGUCUCCCUUCUCCAAGAGAAGAAUGACCUACAAAUGGCAGUCCUAUCUGUGAGUAAAAGCCACAUUUCUACUUUACUUUGACGUAACUUUAAUUGCACUACAGUCACAUCGCUGCAGUUACAUCCUUUGUCAAAAUGGCCUCUCUAGUUCUCAGUGUGACUGAGGCCCAAUCCCAAACCAGCCCCUCGCCCGUACCAACUCGCUUCAAGGUCCUUCCGUUGUCACAUCAAGCCUUUCCAUUCUUUUUUAUGAAAUUAUCCAAACAUAUUCCGGUGUGUGUUGGGAUAGCGCUUUGCCUUUGAGACUACAACGUUGCUGGCUCGGUCGAAGUGGCUAACGGAGGGUCUAAUUAGCCCCCAUCCCCUCAAUAAUUAUUACUCCCUCAGCUUUGCGAAACCUGUGGGGGAGGCACUUGUGAACUCACAAAUCGAAGGUUUGGGACUGGUUUGGGAUUCAGCAUGAGACAUGGAAAAACAGAGAGAGGGAAGAGACAUGAUUGAUAAAUCAAAAUGUCAUACAAUUACUGGAGCAAUUGGCCAUUAUUUGUAGCGUCCAAAUAUUUUCCCACCAAAAUAAACGUCUGAACUUUGGAGGAUUUUAUAUACACUUACAAUACAUUGACAUGUUGACAGUCAGAAGACACUAUUUGUGAUGCUGAAGAGAGAUGCGAGGGUCUGAUCAAGAGUAAGAUCCAGCUGGAGGCCAAAGCCAAAGAGCUGACAGAGAGACUGGAGGACGAGGAGGAGAUGAAUUCAGAGCUGACUGCUAAGAAGAGGAAGCUGGAGGAUGAGUGCUCAGAACUCAAGAAGGACAUUGACGAUCUGGAGCUCACUCUGGCUAAAGUGGAGAAGGAGAAGCAUGCCACGGAGAACAAGGUAAAACGUUUAUCUUCAUUCUUGGAUUGUUUAAACUCCAAAACGAUUGGUUUGGAUGAAUGUCUGUAAUGACACUGCUCUGUUUCCCUUUAGGUUAAAAACCUGACUGAGGAGAUGGCAGCUCUGGACGAAAUCAUUGCCAAGCUGACCAAGGAGAAGAAGGCUCUGCAGGAGGCUCAUCAGCAAACGCUGGAUGACUUGCAAAGUGAGGAGGAUAAAGUCAACACGCUGACCAAGGCCAAAGCCAAACUGGAACAGCAAGUUGACGACGUGAGUGUCAAAUUGGAAUUGAUAAAAAUUACAACACAAUAGUCGUAUCCUUAAAAAUAGGCUACAGGGAACUCAGAAUAUUGUUGAACAUUAUCCUUUAUCAGCUUGAAGGGUCUCUGGAGCAAGAGAAGAAGGUGAGGAUGGACCUUGAGAGAGCCAAGAGAAAGCUGGAGGGAGAUUUGAAGUUGACCCAGGAGAGCCUAAUGGACCUGGAGAACGACAAGCAGCAGAUGGAGGAAAGAAUGAAGAAGUAAGAUCACAAAUUAAAAUAAAAAAGCAUACAUACCGGUACUAUUUUAGAACAGAAAAGAUCACAACUCCCCAAAAAUCCCCAAAAAUCGAAUGAAGAAAUUAUUUAUAAGAAAGUGUUAAACUGUGUGUGCUUUACUCAUCAGGAAGGACUUUGAAAUGAGCCAACUCAGCAGCAAGAUUGAGGAUGAGCAGGCCAUGAGUGCCCAGCUUCAGAAGAAACUGAAGGAGUUGCAGGUAUUUCAAUAUCAUUGUUGAAAAUAUCAUAUUUUCUAUUGAACUUGUUUUUAUGUUCAGCUCAUACCAGAAAAUCAUUUUCAAUUCCCACGAUUUCAGGCCCGCAUUGAGGAGCUGGAGGAAGAGCUGGAGGCCGAGAGAGCUGCCCGCGCCAAGGUGGAGAAACAGAGGGCAGACUUGUCCAGAGAGCUGGAGGAGAUCAGUGAGCGGCUGGAGGAGGCUGGUGGAGCCACUGCUGCCCAGAUUGAGAUGAACAAGAAGAGGGAGGCGGAGUUCCUGAAGGUGCGCAGAGACCUCGAAGAGGCCACUCUGCAGCACGAGGCUACCGCUGCCUCUCUGAGGAAGAAAAAUGCGGACAGUGUGGCUGACCUGGGAGAGCAGAUCGACAACCUUCAGAGAGUGAAGCAGAAGCUGGAGAAGGAGAAGAGUGAGCUCAGACUGGAGCUGGAUGAUGUGGUCUCCAACAUGGAGCAGAUUGUCAAGACUAAGGUCGGUGGAUUCAUCAUUAUGAAAUACAAGCGUUUACUGAGAUCAGAUAGAUAUGGCAAAUUGACAUUGUAUAUUGCUCUUAGUUUCAGAGAGAUUGAUCUAUGAAGGUUGUGCUGUGUUAUCUAAAAAAAAAAAAACAUAAUGUUUUCAGACAAACUUGGAGAAAAUGUGCCGCACUCUAGAGGACCAGAUGAGUGAAUACAGGACGAAAGCUGAGGAAGGACAACGAUUCAACAAUGAUCUCACCAUGCAGAAAGCAAAGCUUCAAACUGAGAAUGGUAUAAUAACUUAACAUGAACAUUCACAUGAACAGCCACAAUGAAUCGCCACGUCCACAAUACGAGACUAAUUGAAAUAAUAUGAAUUUGGUGAAAACAGGUGAACUUGCCAGACAGCUGGAGGAGAAGGACUCUCUGGUCUCCCAACUGACCAGAGGUAAGCAGUCCAACGUUCAGCAGAUUGAAGACCUCAAGAGACAACUGGAGGAGGAAGUCAAGGUAUUUAUACAAUAAACGUAGAGCCCCUUAUACAACUACAUUCAUCCUCCGGCAUAAUUACAGAAUAUUUUUUCAGAAUUACAGAAUAUUUCUUCAGAAUUACAGAAUAUUUUUUCAGAAUUACAGAAUAUUUUUUCAUAAUAACAGAAUAUUUUUUCAUAAUUACAGAAUAUUUUUUCAUAAUUACAGAAUAUUUUUUCAUAAUUACAGAAUCUUUUUUCUAUGUCCUUACCAGGCAAAGAACGCACUUGCCCAUGCAGUGCAGUCUGCUCGCCAUGACUCCGACCUGCUCCGGGAGCAGUAUGAGGAAGAGCAGGAGGCCAAGGCUGAGCUGCAGCGUGGCAUGUCCAAGGCCAACGCUGAGGUGGCUCAGUGGAGAACCAAGUAUGAAACUGAUGCCAUCCAGAAGACCGAGGAGCUUGAAGAGGCAAAGUAAGGAUUUCUUUCUCACUUUCAAGGCUAUCCAACCUUGGCUGAAUGAGCGAUACACAAAAGUAUAUGAUGAAUGUACAUGAAUUACACACAACCAUUAUAUAUGGACCCCCCAAAAAAGUCAGCUGUCCUGAAAUGUGUUUCCCAUCUAUGUCAAUCUAGGAAGAAGCUGGCUCAGCGUCUGCAGGACGCAGAGGAAGCUGUGGAAGCUGUUAAUGCUAAAUGCUCCUCCCUGGAGAAGACCAAACACCGACUCCAGAAUGAGAUUGAAGAUCUCAUGGUGGAUGUGGAGAGAUCCAAUGCAGCUGCUGCCGCUCUGGACAAGAAGCAAAGGAACUUCGACAAGGUAUUAUUAUUGGAUAACUUUCAUUAUAAAUUCACGAUAAUCAUAUAAUGUUUAGUCAAACCAUUUACAAUACCUGUGUGAUUCCACCAGGUCCUGGCUGAGUGGAAGCAGAAAUUUGAGGAGUCUCAGACUGAGUUGGAGAGCUCCCAGAAAGAGGCCAGAUCUCUCAGCACUGAGCUCUUUAAACUCAAGAACUCUUAUGAGGAGUCUCUGGAUCAUCUGGAGACCAUGAAGAGGGAGAACAAGAACCUUCAAGGUCAGAGAAUCAGUAUUAUUAGCCUGCAUCAUUAAAGUCAAUCAUUUCAAUAGUAUUACAGAGGUUUGUUAUCACAAGAUACUGACGUGCAAUUGUUUUUUCCCCCCACAGAGGAAAUUUCUGACCUGACUGAGCAACUUGGUGAGGGAGGAAAGAGCGUCCAUGAGCUGGAGAAGAUCCGUAAACAGCUGGAGCAAGAGAAGGCUGAGAUACAGACUGCUCUAGAGGAAGCUGAGGUGAGACUGGAAGAUAUUUACUGGUAGGGACAGACAUAAUUUACUGUCGGUGAAAGUAUUAGAAGAUGUUACAGUCAAUGUGUGCUGUGUUGCCAUAGGGCUCCCUGGAGCAUGAGGAGGGCAAGAUCCUGAGGGCACAGCUGGAGUACAACCAGGUCAAAGCUGACAUUGAGCGCAAACUGGUGGAGAAGGACGAGGAGAUGGAGAUGAACAAGAGGAACCAGCAGAGAGUGGUGGAAACCCUGCAGAGCUCCCUGGAGUCAGAGACUCGCAGCAGGAACGAAGCUCUCAGGCUGAAGAAGAAGAUGGAGGGAGAUCUCAAUGAGAUGGAGAUCCAGCUCAGCCAGGCCAACAGGCAGGCAGGAGAGGCCCAGAAGCAACUUAAGGGUCUCCAUUCCCAUCUGAAGGUACCACUUCCACAGCAUUUAAUCAUAAACACUAGUGCCUUCACACAAAAAAAACACCUACUAAAUUGUGAUUAUAAUAAUAACGCCAAACAAGACAGUAAAACAAUUAGCAAUCAAAUACAUCUAAAAUCAUCAAUUCUCUCCACAGGAUUCUCAGCUGCAGCUGGAUGACGUUCUUCGUGGCAGUGACGACCUGAAGGAGAACAUUGCCAUUGUGGAGAGACGCAACAACCUGAUGCAGGCUGAACUGGAUGAGCUGAGGUCCAUGGUGGAGCAGACGGAUAGAGGUCGCAAACUGGCCGAGCAGGAGCUUCUGGACGUUAGUGAGAGAGUUCAGCUGCUGCACUCUCAGGCAAGGCACCGAUGGGACGACGACAACGGACAGCCUUAUCAAAAAUAUACGCGAGUUGAAAAAAAAUGUUUUAAGAGAAUGUGAAAGUAAUUCCUCAUUCUUAUGUGUAGAACACCAGCCUGUUGAGCCAGAAGAAGAAGCUGGAGGGCGACACAUCCCAGCUUUCGACCGAAGUGGAGGAGGCUGUGCAGGAGUGCAGAAACGCCGAGGAAAAGGCCAAGAAGGCCAUUACGGACGCUGCCAUGAUGGCCGAGGAGCUGAAGAAGGAGCAGGACACCAGCUCUCACCUGGAGCGCAUGAAGAAGAACAUGGAGCAGACCAUCAAGGACCUGCAGCACCGCCUGGAUGAGGCUGAACAAAUCGCCAUGAAGGGGGGCAAGAAGCAGAUCCAGAAGCUGGAGUCCAGAGUAAGUGUUUGAGACCUUCUCUUCUAUUCAUUCAGAAUAUUUUUUUUUUUUUCAUAUUUCUAGCUUCAAUAUGUAAUGUAGUAGUAACAACAAUAGUUGUAAAUGGUGUGUUAACAUCCAUCAUGUCUUUUGUAGGUGAGGGAGCUAGAGACGGAAGUGGAAAUGGAGCAAAGGAGGGGCGGCGAUUCUGUGAAAGGAGUCCGUAAAUACGAGAGACGCAUCAAGGAGCUCACCUACCAGGUACAUCAAAUUUGAAGUUGCACUAUGAACGUGCUCAGCAUCAAAUUAAGGUCAAUAUAUGACCCUCUUUUCCCCCACACCCCCCCCUUGUUGUUUUUCGGGUGCAGACUGAGGAAGACCGUAAGAAUUUGUCCCGUCUUCAGGACCUGGUGGACAAACUGCAGCUGAAGGUCAAAUCCUACAAGAGAACUUCAGAGGAGGCUGUAAGUACAAAAAAAACCUUCCGCCAUCCAACUGACGCAUCUGUCAUUUAUGAAAUGUUGCGUUUGCCAGAGACCGAAUCAUCCAUAUCUUUCCACAGGAGGAACAAGCCAAUUCCAAUUUGGGCAAGUUCCGCAAGAUUCAGCAUGAACUGGAUGAGGCAGAGGAGAGGGCUGAUAUUGCCGAGUCUCAGGUCAACAAGAUGAGAGCCAAGAGUCGUGAUGCCGGUUCCAAGGUCGGUGGUUGCUGUCAAGGAUCUAUUCAUUGUAUAAUUUGCAUAUUGUAAUGUUUUAGCUGAAGCCUUAAUGUUGAAUACUUUUAAGGCAUGUGAUAUCCAACAGCCAUAAUAUCAUUAACGUCUGAAUAUCUACAUUUAUUUUAAUUGAUCUUGCUGGCAUCCAUUUUGUUCUAAAACUAUACAAGACAGGAUCAAAUCAAAAUGUAAUAGCUUGCUGCUAAUGGUCCCAAUGGCCAUUCUCUCUCUCUCUUAAAAAAAGGCCCCACUUUACAUUAAAUUAUUUUCCAUGGUAGUUUCAGAAGUAG